AUGGCCUUCCAUGGGAGCAUCACUCAGUCUACCCCCUCUGCAAGCAACACUGUACCUGUCAACGCUACUGAGCGAGUGUUUGCUUGCGGAGUGGUGAUGUUUGGGAUGCUGGCUUUCUCGGCCUUCCUCAGCAGCAUAACGGCUACAAUCAACGAGCUGAAGAACAUCAACUCGGGCCAGAUGCAUCAGCGCCACAUGCUGCUCCAGUUUAUCAAGCACAAACCGAUUUCGACCAAACUUGGUCAGAAGAUACUGGCGGCCGUGGACAGGGAGGGCGAGAGGAACAGCCGACUCCUCAUCGAGGAGGACAUCCCGCUGCUCGCGCAGGUCCCGGAGUCGCUGCGCAUCCAGAUGCACACGGAGCACUUCAUGCCCCUUCUCAGG